AUGAACACUUCCACCGCCAACACCACCAUCACUCCUCCUCCUCCUCCUCAACAACAACAACAGAAUCCUCCUCCUUCUUCUUCGCAAACCGGCACUGUGACCGCCCAAGUACCUAUUCGGACACUUGCAACGGCUCUAACGAACAGUAGUCAGGUUCAGACCAAUGGUUCAUCCACUUCCUCAUCGCCUCAAGAUUUAAGCGCAUCAUCAAGCCAUACAUCUGCAAGUUCCAAUCAUCACGGUGUUUCUUCUAAUCCUCAGAAAAGUAAUUCAGAAUCAUGGCUUGCUGAUCAAGCCUUAUCAUGUUUUGAGAAUGUAGGACCUGGUUCGAUGAGUCAUGACGAUCAUCACGAAGGUCUAAUGGGAAUUACUGCUCUUGCUCAUUCUUCUCAUCACGAACAAAAUGCCACCACCACCAUGAUGGAUCAUGUGAGCGAUAGUGACAACGAUGAUGAUGAUUUCAUUAGCAAUCCCGCUGCCAAUCGAGUGAAUGAUUUAUACACUCUCCUCAAAGAAGAAGACAGUGAAGGAGAAGGAGACCACGUGAGUUCUCUUCCACCUCAACAACACUUGAUGAAAAUUGCUUCUGCAUCUCCUGCCAUGAACAAGCAAACAACAUCACCUCUCGAGAGCGAACUUUCUAUCACUUCCGAGUCAACAGCUGCCACCAAUGCCACCACCACCACUGGAGGCCGUCGAAAGAAAGCAAGUUCAACUUCCACACCCAAAGUAAGGGGAACUGCAUCGAGAGGAGGCGCCAAAACAAGAGGAAAAGGACGAGGUGGAGCAAAGAAUACAGUUGUAGCAGCUGCAUCUUCAACGAGUUCUGCUGUCUCAACAACCCAUCAUGAAGAUGCUGACACCAUGAUGAUGGAAGAUGAAGAUUUUGCAGAUGCAGGAGCUAUUGAAUACAACGAUGAUGAUGAUUAUGUUGCCGAGCAUGAUGAUGAAGACGAAGGUGUUACUCCAAAACGUAAGAAGAGUUCAAGAAGAAGUGUUGGAACCAGUCCAAUGCCAUCAGGUGACGUUAAAUUUGUGGAGAAAGUUGAACCUGAGGAACUUUCAGAAGAUGAACUCAUGUAUUGUGUUGUUUGUAAGAGAAGCAACCUGCAAGUCAACUUUAAGAAGAAUUAUACAAUUAACACUGGUAAUUACAAGACCUAUUGUGAGACAUUCCCACAACAAGCAGAUCAAAUUCCAAAACCGAAGGAUGGGGAAUCAUUGAGCGUUUGUUCAACAUGUUAUAACAAACAAUGGAGAUUUGCUCGAGGACAAUACGAUCCAUACAAAAAUCGUGCUGUCAAUAAGAGAGAAGGUUUGAAAAAUCCACCAAAACUUAAGGAAGGAGCUAAAACUUCACCAAAUCCAUCCUCUGGUGGUGAGUCUUCCACUCCAACCUUGACCAAUCUCUCUGCUGAAGAUCAAGCAGCUGCAACAGCAUUAAGCACUCCAUCCAAGAGAAAAGUAAAGAGAAAGGUAGGAGAGAAACAAGAUGAAAAUGGUGCUGAAGCAGAGACCAAGACCGAAGACGAUGGAACCACUCCACAAAAGAAGAAGGUCAAGAGAGCUACCAAAGUGAAAAAAGACUUACCACCUGUUCCUAUGCCCGACACCACAGGAGGAGUCGCAACACAAACCACUCCAUCUAAGAGAGGAAGAAAAGCUAAGGCAACAACACCAGUCAGUGCUGCAAAUGGUGGUAUUGCAUCAUCCUCACCUGCAAGCACCAUGAAGAGGGAGGAUGCUACUGGACAACCAACACUUCCUCAACCAUCCUCUUUGUUUGUUUCAUAUUAUGUGAAACGUGCUGGUGGACACGAAGACACAGUUUAUCAGACCAAGUUUGUUCUUCCCAAGUGUCCUGAGAGUGUUGAAGAAUUGAAGUCAGUUGUGAUGGAAAGACUCACACAAAAGAAGGGUGACAUUUAUUCCUAUGAUUGCUCCUACUGCAACACAAUGGAUCGAGUCAACAACCCUUUCAAAGUUGAAAUCGACGACUUCUUCUUCAAUGACGUCAAAUUGAAAGACAACGAUGUCGUUUUGGUAUAUGUCAAUGAGAAGACCCCAUCACAACCUUCAGAAACUCCUCAACAACCACAACAAUAA